UAUUGUCUUGUUGUUUUUUUCCUUCGGUUUCUUUUCUGACACAUCCUGUCCUGCUCGCCACACCUGACUAAGCUACUAAUUACAACUGCUGACAUGAGCCACCGUGUAAUUUAGUUUUUGCGUCUCACUGUUUGGCUCUUUCUCCUUGCCUUGGGUCAUCUCAUUCAUCACCUUCUGUUUAUCUCCUUCCUCUUCCUCUGUGAGGCUUCCCUAUCCCGUUCUCGUCUGCCUACCUUUUAAUACUCACAUGCGCCGUGUGAGCCGUACACAUGCGGAAUUGUGUGUUUAUAGUACUUGCAUGCUUGCUUUGGGAGAUGGCUCGGACGACGUGAUAUCUGAUGUGUGGUGAUAAGUGGUUUGAUAGAGACGUGACAAAGACAUACAGAGAGUUCUCACGAAUGUCAUUACAAUCUAUGGAAUUUUUUUGGAUGAAAACAAUUUAGUUGACUACCAAGGUGAAAAAAAGUCUUGGUUUUUUUUUGUGUUUUUUUUGUGAUGUAUGCAGUGUCCUGCACAAACAUCUAAACCAGUACACAACUACUGUAUAUUAAAGAGCAGACGAAGCUUUAUAAAUCAACAAAAUUGCAUGAUUUCUUGAAGUGCUGAUGACACCUUUGCCUGGCCUUGUUGUGCCCCUGAACAGAGAGAACAAAGAGUACUCCAAAACAGCACUCAAAAGUAUUGUGACAAGCUUGUUUAUACAUUUUCAUUUCCCAUUUGAGCAUCACAGGGAUUUAGUGGUGAGCACGUCUGCCUCUCUGGUUCAAAUCUUGGCUCCGACCAUCCACGUUCCAGAAACCUGCAUGUUAGGUUCACCGAAAAUUUGAAUAUGAGUGUGAAUGACUGUCUAGAUUGGCUGGCGUGAAUGCCCUGCUUACCUGAAAGUCGGCCUUUAAGUACAUUACCGUGAAUGAAAAUUUUACGAGAUCUCACAGAACUUUGUGAGAUAAUAACAAACUUUGGUGAGAUCUCACUAAGGUUUGCAAAAGUUUUUUUGUUUUCCUUUCCAUGUCCCCUGAUUUGAACUGGGCUCUCGUGAGGUACGCUGAAGCCAAUGCCACCCUCCACCUCAACGUCCACCAAGUGUCUUUCCUCCGCCGGCGGAUGAUCUCCUGUUGACAGUAUUGAGUAGCGAGUCGAGCCGAGACGACACCAUGCAGUGGAAAAACAAGGAACUGCAUGGUGACAAUCUUUUUCCUGGUGACAGGGGGCGCUCUACAUUUUCGCGGACCGAACGUCACCUCUUGACUGUGCUCGUUGGCGGCUGUAUGGCAGCGAAGCUUCUAGUGGAUGAUUAUCAUGGCUACAAAAUACCAGAUCCAUACAGCUGGCUGGAGGACCCCGACAGUGAAAAAACACAGGCGUUUGUCAGUGCUCAGAAUCAGCUCACGUUGCCAUUUUUGGAGCGCUGCGAGGUGCGGGAUCUGUUCAAGGAGCGCAUGACUGAGCUGUAUGACUAUCCCAAGUAUAGUUGUCCCUUCAAAAGGGGAAAUAGGUACUUUCACUUUUACAACACUGGCCUGCAGAACCAGAGUGUGAUGUAUGUGCAGGAGAGCCUCAAUGCAGAACCUACUGUCUUUUUGGAUCCUAACACAUUUUCUGAUGAUGGGACAGUUGCCUUACGAGGCUACGCCUUCUCGGAAGAUGGAGAGUACUUGGCCUACGGCACUAGUGCCAGCGGCUCGGACUGGGUGGAGAUGCACUUCCUGCGGGUGGAAGGCGCCGUGCUUCUGCAGGACGAUCUGCAGCGGGUCAAGUUCAGCUGCAUGUCGUGGACGCAUGAUGGGAAGGGCCUUUUCUACAACUCUUACCCUGAACAGAAGGGCAAAAGCGAUGGGACUGAGACCUCUACUAACUUGGACCAGAAGCUGUACUUCCACGUUUUGGGAACACCGCAGUCAGAGGACGUUCUCUGCGCCGAGUUUCCCAAUCAUCCCAAGUGGAUGAGUGGAGCCGAGGUUUCAGAUGAUGGCCGCUAUGUGCUGCUGUCCAUCAGGGAAGGCUGCGAUCCUGUCAACAGAUUGUGGUAUUGUGACCUCAAGAAGACGCCUAAGGGCAUUACAGGACUUUUGCCGUGGGUGAAGCUCAUCGACAACUUUGACGCCGAGUACGAGUACGUAACCAACGAGGGCACGGUGUUCACGUUCAAAACCAACCUGGACGCCCCACGUUACCGCCUCAUCAACAUCGACUUUGCCUCGCCGGCUCAGAGCGACUGGGCGGAGCUCAUCCCUCAGCAUGAGAAGGACGUAAUCGUAUUCGCCACCUGCACAUACUCCAGCUACCUCUUUGUGUGCUUCCUCCACGACGUGAAGAAUGUCUUGAAAAUGUAUCGUCUCAGUUCCGGGGAGGAGCUCAGGACCUUUCCUCUGGAUGUCGGUUCUGUGGUCGGAUUCACGGGAAGGAAACGCGACUCUGAAAUCUUCUACUAUUUCACCUCUUUCCUCUCUCCAGCCAUCAUUUAUCACUGCGACUUGACCAAGGAGCCUCUGCAGCCCCACAUCUUCAGAGAGGUCACAGUCAAAGGCUUUGACCCGACAGACUACCAGACCACCCAGAUCUUCUACGCUUCCAAGGACGGCACUCAAAUCCCCAUGUUCAUCGUUCACAAGAAGGGCAUCAAGCUGGACGGCUCCCACCCGGGCUUCCUGUACGGCUACGGUGGCUUCAACAUCUCCAUCACGCCGAGCUACAGCGUCUCCCGGCUAAUCUUUGUGCGGCACCUGGACGGAGUCCUGGCUGUCGCCAACAUUAGAGGAGGAGGGGAGUAUGGCGAGACCUGGCACAAAGCCGGCAUGUUGGCCAACAAGCAGAACUGCUUCACAGACUUUCAGUGUGCAGCUGAGUACCUCAUCAAGGAAGGGUACACCUCUCCGUCCAAGCUCACCAUCAACGGAGGCUCAAACGGUGGCCUGCUCGUAGCGGCGUGCGUGAACCAGCGGCCCGAGCUGUUCGGGUGCGCUGUCGCUCAGGUCGGCGUCAUGGACAUGCUAAAAUUCCACAAGUUCACUAUCGGCCACGCCUGGACCACCGACUUCGGCUGCUCGGAAGAAAAAGAGCAGUUUGAGUGGCUUAUGAAAUACUCCCCCCUCCACAACAUCAGAGUCCCAGAGGGCAACGGGGUCCAGUAUCCCGCCGUCCUCCUGCUGACGGGCGACCACGACGACCGGGUAGUGCCCCUCCACUCGCUCAAAUACAUCGCCUCUCUGCAGCACACGGUGGGCCACAGCAGCAAGCAGUCCAACCCCCUGUUCAUCCUCGUGGACACCAAGUCGGGCCACGGCGCCGGCAAGCCCACCAGUAAGGUCAUCCAGGAAGUGGCGGACACCUACGCCUUCAUCGCUCGCUGUCUCAAAAUCUCCUGGGUCAAAUAACUCGCCAUCUCGUCACGUGUGUGCGCGCAUGUGUAUGUGCUCUGUCUUCUCCCUCCCACACCCUCCUCGAAGAACUCCAGUUGCACUUAUCGAAAGCACCACACGCUAAUGUGCGAAGGCCAUAACACUAUAAGAGGGGGCGAGGUUACUGUCAUCGGCCAAUCAGCUGCUGUCAUGAGGCUCAAAUGGCAACCGUGUGGCGGAUGCUCCGCCUACGUAUAAUUUAUUAUUGAUAUCUCAGCUUGCACAUUUCUCAUGAGGCUGCACCGUACAAAGGAUGUUGUGUGUACGUGUGUUUGUGAUUACUUACAAAUUCACUGAUUUCUACCUCUUGACAUAGGCUGAUUGUUAUAAUUUCAAAGGGAGCAACAAAUAAUAAACAUCUUUUUUAAGCAGUGA